UGGAUCGGUAUAUCUAAUGUUUUAGCAUUGCCUGUGUUAUAGAAGUUCAAUAUCCAGUGAUACGGUAUAUUUGUACAUAUUAUAUGUACAUGCGUUCAGUAGCUCGGUAUCCCAGAGUUCUGAAGACGUCACGGCCAUGUAUUGACUGGCAAGUUUUCUGUAAGUUACAAUGUAUAUGGCUAGUGGUAUGGAUGCAGACGACACAUCCGAAAGUAGUUCCACUUCUCAAGAAGAUCCCAACACGGAAGUGACGUAUGUCAUUGAUACGCCAUCUCCUUGCAGCGAAGACUUUGAUACAGAUCUCGAAGAUUCAGACGAGAUCGAGAAAGCAAGAAAAGAGCUGAAAAGCCGUGAGAAUGUUGACAUUGGACAUUUUACGUAUAUGGAGGUCUGUGAUGAACUGAACACGGUCCCAAUACGACUUGUCAAACAGCAAUUAAAGGAGAGCGAAAUCUGUCUCCAACAUAUCGGCCUCAACACCAGUGACGUCAUCGCUCUCAUGUAUGCCUUGUUGCACAACAGUAAAGUAGAGAGCCUCGAUCUGACGGACAACGCUAUGUCUGAAGAAGCCCAAUUACACGUCAUUGAGGUUUUCCGCCACAAUAAUGCUAUUUCCAGUCUGAGUAUGGCAGAAAACAAAAUGACACCACUAUGCGCCACUUCCCUUGGCAACGUGAUAGAAGACACCACGUGGUUGACACACUUGAACUUGUCAGGUACUGGACUUGGGAACGAGGGAGCAAAGCAGAUUGCGACAGGCAUGCGAGGCAAUGUUAGCAUCGUUUGGUUGAACCUGAGUCACAAUGAUAUUGAGGAAUCUGGCGCCAUUCAUCUCGGCAAAGCCUUAACAAUUAACGACACCCUCCAUGUCCUGGACCUGAGCUGGAACCACAUAAGGAUGAUAGGAGCAGUGACGCUCUGUAAAGGAAUGCAGAUUAAUACAUCCAUUUCAAAUCUGGACGUUUCGUGGAACGGAUUUGGGUUUGAAGGCAGUAUAGCCCUGGAGGACGUUUUAAAGGAGAACACGGUGUUAAAAGAUCUCAACCUCACGAACAACCGAAUCACGUGGGAGGGGGUGAAACACAUCAUCCGGGGACUCAAAGUUAACAAAUCACUUCAUGUUUUGAAGAUUGGGACUAACCCUAUUACCAUGGACGGUUGUCGUAAAAUCCUGGAGGUCGUUGAUAACACAAGUAGCUGUCUACAGCAUGUUAAUCUCGAGGGGACACCUAUAAACAGUAAAAUUGAAAACCUGGCGGAGAGUAUAGCAAAAAAGCGCCCGUUCACAUUCGCGCACGGUGGUGUCACAGAUUCAAAUUUCAUGAUGGGUAUAAAGAGAGAGAAGAGAGAGGACCCGUUUACGAUGUUGAUACGAUACAUCAGUAUGAUGGGAAUCCGCAUUAUGGACCUCUUCCGGAUGUUUGACACCGAGAACGGAGCCACGGUGUCCAGGGCCAACUUCAUCCGAGGCCUGAAGAAAAUAGGAGCCCCAAUUAGCGAACAGGACAUGCGAAUAGUAGCGCAACGUCUUGAAAGAAAGGGGCAGGGCGCCAUUAGCUAUAGCAUUCUUGCCAACGGAGUUAGGAACCAUCUAAGGGAAGAAAGAAAGGUAGACAAGCGACAGGAAAUGAUAGAAAAACAAAAACGAGAGAAACGGAAGAACAUCCUUCAGCUGGGGUCACAGCGCAUGAUUCCUGCAGACUUGCAGGAAAUCGGGGCGUUCUCCCCCAUGGGUAACAAGAUUUUUUCUCAGAUUUUCAGUUCUUCGUCUUCUGUCUCCAGUCGCCAUAAUUCUAUUGCUGGGCGGGAAUCUCUCUUACUUCCGCCCUUACACGAACAUUCAAUGCAUGGUACAGGAAAAGUGAAAUCUGCACGGACAUUUUCUCUUCCGUUAACUUCCGGUGACCCCAGAAAGACUGAGACAAGUGCGCAACCUAGGGAGAAAAUCGGCGAUACUUUAUCUCUGUAAAAGCUUUGAUGAUUAAAACUAUUGCAAAGGUCUAAAAUGAUAUUGAUUUCCAAGUUAUUUAUCACUUAGUGUACAUGUAGUAAUGCUUAGUUAAUCACUGACGAUAAUGAGCCUGGAUUAACGAAAAAUUCUCAGAUUAACAAUAAAAGAUCCACUGUAAAGUCGCCAUUAUGUGAUUUUUAGGAGUAUCUAAUUUCCAGCACAAUACUUUAUUAGAUCAAAUAUAAAUUUCUUAAUAGCUUUGCCAUUAUUGAAUUUUUCAUUUUGCUGUCUUUUAAUUUUUAAAUAUGAAAAUAGCACGGGGUCUUUUAUCUACCUGUCAAAGUACCUGUUCAUACCAAAGCGAUAAAAAACCUCCGGGACGGCAUUGUCACGUUAAAUUUGAUAUAAGUAGGUGAAAUAUCGACAAUGCCAGAUGCACUUUACAUUCAUUUUAUCUUAAAAGGACAUUUAGAUUUUCAACAAUUCCUUCGCGUACUCCUCUUGACUGCUAAUUGCAAGUUAGAACAUUCUAAACAGGCACUUAUAAGUUUUUUUUUGUUUCUCUGCUUGAUAGAGAAGGCUAGUUAUGUUGGCUCCAUGUCUUAUCUUUCAUAUGCAACUAAUUUAAUUAUCUCAUUAAUAUGUAUAUCAGUUCUCAAAAAUAAUAAAUA